AUGGCGUCGUGCUCCUCCCAAGUUCCGUCGCACAAGGUGAGUUUUCUCGGUUUGGUGUCAUCACCGAGAACUCAGAUUAUUGAAGAGCUGCACGGCUCUCAAAAGAAGCAUGCUUCUGAAAUCCUGUUGCGUUUACUGAUGAUUUCAUUUCUGAUGAGUUUGAUUGAAUCAAUGCUUACUUAUCGGGCGAAAAUUGAAGAGGGCUUUGGGCCGAACAACCUUGGAAUUCUGUCAAUUUCAGAUGUUCCUGAGUAUACUUUGUUGCGUCCAAACCUACUUCUUCUUUCACCUAGAUUAGCCAACCUGCCAAAAAGUGUGAAACAGGAGCUGGAAGAUCCUCAUAGUAGGUAUAACUUUGGAUGGAGUCGUGGAAAAGAGAAGCUUGAAUCUGGAAAGCCAGAUACACUGAAAGGAUCCUCCUAUGCAAAUCCAGUAUUUGAUGUGCCUACAACUGAGAAAUCCCUUAUUGAACGAUAUUCAUCAUAUUGCGGACGAAAUAUAUGGCCCCAUAGAGCUCUGCGAGAACUUGAGAUGGGAUGAGAACAAAUGAAACUGAUGGCCUUGAAC